AUGGCGAAAAUCAGAGAAAUCAUAAGGCGCGGCAAGUCAAGUGCGUUUCGAGAAAUAUCAUUAAUUUCCCGUUUUGCCGGCAACAACCCCGAAAAGCUGCCAGACAGGAGAAAAUAUGAAAAGCUCUCUGACAUCGGUUAAAAUAAACCAACAAAGUUACUUUCCGGCUACCAUCCUGAUCGCGGUGAGUGAAAUAACGCAACUAAAGGAAUUUUCCUUCAAGGGAUACGUAGACGAAAAUGUUCGCCACUUAGAUAAGUUGGUUGCCCUGGAGAAGUUAAGCAUCACAGAUAUUGAAACUUUCAGUACGCCUCCUGUGGACUUACUACCAAUUUGUGCAUCACUGAAGAAGCUGCGCAAUUUAACUGUGGUUAAGGUUAAAAUAUUGCCUUAUGAUGAGCCUUAUUCCACACUUUGGUCCAGCUUGGAAUUCUUGCACUUGGAGUAUUGCGAAUUCUCCAUCGAAUUGCCAGACUGCCCAAACCUCAAAUAUUUGGAUAUGCAUUACCCAAAAUGUGCCAUCGAAGGCUAUGUUUUAAAAUUUAUUCUUAAGAAUGGAAAAAAUCUGACAGAACUGCGCGAAAGAUCCGUUCCGCCAAUCAAUGGCAAUGGUUUUCUCGACCUGCUUCGCGGCUGCCCGGAAUUGCGGCGUCUACACACUACAAUGGAAUUCAUAAAACUCCACGCUGGGUAUGUGUGUUCUAUGUUGGAAAUUUUAAAGGAAAAUGGAGUUACGCCGGAGAACCCAUUAGAACUAAUUAUAUGUAGGCGGAUAAAAUGGAAGUGGUUUCGACGACUACACCGUCGGUCUCCCAAUGCUGAGUUAAUUGAUUUGUACGAGGGUACUUGAUAGUUUAAAAAAUAAAACAAAACAUAAUUAUCACUCGGUUGUUUUUUUUAUUAUACAUAACUUUCAUCGAGCUACAAUCAAAAGCUUUUCUUCCACGAAAAUGCAUUUCUCUUGAGAAAAAAAACUUGUUUUAGACCUGACAUUAAAUAAUAUUUUAUAUAAUUCGUUUAACCGUGCUGGCCUAGCUCUGGUUAAGGAUAUAAUGGUGGUGGAACAUCAGCACAGCACAACCCUGAAGUUUCUUUUUGGAAUUUGCGUGCGUUACAACACUGACAUAGGAAAAAGUAUAUA